AGAGCCGAAGCGGAGGAGGCGGGCGGCGGGGACGAUGGCGGAGCAGGUCGAACAGCUGCGGGCGGACGACGUGUACAAGGAGGUGGUGCGGGAGGGCACCGGGCCGCUGCCCGACUUCCGCGACGGCACCAAGACCACUUUCCACUACCGGACGCUGCGCUGCGGGGAUGAGGAGACACCGCUGGACGACAGCCGGGAGCGGGGGAAGCCCAUGGAGCUGAUCGCGGGCAAGAAAUUCAAGUUGCCGGUGUGGGAAGCGGUGCUGAGGACCAUGAGGCCCGGGGAACGGGCGCGGUUCCGCUGCGACACCAAGCACGUGGUGCUGUACCCGCUGGUGGCCAAGAGCCUGCGGAACAUCGCUGCGGGGAAGGACCCCCUGGAGGGGCAGCGGCACUGCUGCAGCAUGGCCCAGCUCCACGAGCACUACUCCCUGGGCUACCCCGACCUGGACGACCUCCAGAAGAACCCCCAGCCCCUCAUCUUCGACAUCGAAGUCCUUAAGGUGGAGGCUCCCGGUUCCUACCAGCAGGACCCAUGGGCCAUGACGGAUGAGGAGAAGCUGCAGGCUGUCCCUCUGAUCCACCAGGAGGGCAACAAGCUGUACAAGCAGGGCAAGGUGCAGGAGGCAGCUGCCAAGUACUACGAUGCCAUCGCCUGUCUCAAGAACCUGCAGAUGAAGGAGCAGCCCGGCUCUCCGGACUGGAUUGACCUGGACCAGAAGAUCACCCCCUUGCUGUUGAAUUACUGCCAGUGCAAGCUGCAGUGUGAGGAGUACUACGAGGUGCUGGACCACUGCUCCUCCAUCCUCAACAAGUACGAGGACAACGUCAAAGCCUACUUCAAGAGGGGGAAGGCCCACGCAGCUGUCUGGAACGUGGCUGAGGCCCAGGCUGACUUUGCCAAGGUGCUGAGCCUCGACCCCUCGCUGCGCCCCGUGGUCUCCAGGGAGCUGAGGAGCCUGGAAGCGAGGCUGAGGGAGAAGGAGGCCGAGGACAAGAUCCGCUUCAAGGGCAUCUUCUCCCAGUAGAGCCCCGCCAGGUUCUUGCUUUUCCUUUAGAUAUUCCACAUGUGGAAUGUUGAUGGAUGUUUAUUAAUGUUUAAUACAAA